UAGCUUUUCUGUCCAGUAGUGGCAGUGAGACUCAUUUCGCCGCCGCCGUCGUUCUAAUCUCGUCCUCCUCGUCCUCCUCGUUCUCCUCCUCCUUUUUCCGGCAAUGGGUCGCGUUAUCCGGGCGCAGCGUAAGGGUGCGGGAUCCGUGUUCAAGUCCCACACCCACCACCGCAAGGGCCCCGCCCGUUUUCGCAGCCUCGACUUCGGCGAGCGCAAUGGCUACCUGAAGGGCGUCGUCACCGAGAUCAUCCAUGACCCCGGUCGUGGGGCCCCUCUGGCCCGUGUCUCCUUCCGCCACCCCUUCCGUUACAAGAAGCAAAAGGAGCUCUUCGUCGCGGCCGAGGGUAUGUACACCGGUCAGUUUGUCUACUGCGGGAAGAAGGCCACCCUCGUCGUCGGCAACGUACUGCCCCUCCGGUCCAUCCCUGAGGGAGCUGUCGUCUGCAACGUCGAGCACCACGUCGGGGAUCGCGGGGUCCUUGCUCGCGCCUCCGGCGAUUACGCCAUUGUCAUCAGCCACAACCCUGACAAUGACACCACUAGGAUCAAGCUUCCAUCUGGGUCCAAGAAGAUCGUGCCGAGCGGGUGCAGGGCAAUGAUUGGGCAAGUUGCUGGAGGGGGUAGGACUGAGAAACCGCUCUUGAAGGCAGGUAAUGCCUACCACAAGUUCCAAGUGAAGAGGAAUUGCUGGCCAAAGGUCCGUGGUGUGGCCAUGAACCCCGUUGAGCAUCCCCAUGGAGGUGGUAACCACCAACACAUUGGCCAUGCCAGCACUGUCAGGCGUGACGCGCCGCCCGGGCAGAAGGUCGGUCUCAUUGCUGCUCGCAGGACUGGUCGGCUCCGUGGACAGGCUGCUGCCACUGCUUCUAAAGCCGACAAGGCUUGAGAGAUCCUGCAGUUUAUUUGUGUUUUUCUGUUACUUUAAUUUGAUUUCACGGUACUUGACCUUAGAGUAUGAAAUUGUAGCUUAUGGCAACUCGCUGUGUUAGAAAUUUUGCAUCCCGAGUUUGAAGGUUCAAAUGGCAUUUGGAAUAUGGAAUGACACAGUGGCAUAUUGGUCUGGUUCUUCUCCUUUGCUGA